GCGCAAGAAAACUAGUGGUCACGUGACAAACGCAGCUUUAUAUUUCGGAAGUUUGGCUAUUAGGUGAACACAGUUGGCUUCGACCCUGUCCUCCGCAGGUUUCACAAACUUGAUAAUGAACUUCUGGUUGGAGACACUUCAGGUGAUCGUAUUGUCAAUAUAUUACAAUGUUGAGGCUAUCAUAAAAUGCGUCAUCCCACCAAAGAAAAAAGAUGUGACUGGAGAAAUAGUCCUUAUCACUGGCGCAGGCAGCGGGAUUGGGAGACUGAUGGCACUGGAGUUCGCAGGAAUGAAUGUGGCUCUUGUUCUAUGGGAUAUUAGUCAAGAAGGUAUGAGGGAGACUGCUCGCCUGACGAAGGAAAGAGGGGCUUCGCGCGUUCACUACUUCCUUUGUGAUUGCAGCGACAAAAGUGAGGUGUAUCGAGUCGCGGAACAGGUUAAGAGAGAGGUGGGGGAUGUCAGCAUUCUCAUUAACAAUGCUGGAAUUGUGACCGGCAAGAAAUUCAUGGAUGCACCAGAUUCUCUCAUUGAAAAAACUCUUGAGGUCAACACAAUGUCACACUUUUGGACCUAUAAAGCAUUUCUUCCAGCAAUGGUAGACAACAACCAUGGGCAUUUGGUCUGCAUAUCAAGUUCUGCUGGUUUGAUCGGUGUGAAUGGGCUGGCAGAUUACUGUGCUAGCAAAUUCGCUGCCAUUGGCUUUGCAGAGUCUGUUGCUCUGGAGCUGUUAGCCACAGGCAAAGAUGGGGUGAAGACUACAAUUGUGUGCCCUUACUUAAUCAACACAGGCAUGUUUGAUGGGUGCAGUUCCAAGUGGCCCACCCUCUGUCCAAUCCUUGAACCUGUGUAUGUGGCCAAGAGCGUGGUGGAUGCCAUUUUAGUUGAUCAAAGUUACCUUCUGUUGCCAAGGAGCAUGUAUCUAUUAAUGGCCUUAAAAAGCCUUUUACCAUCCAAGCAAAGUGUCGUCUUGGGAAAGUAUCUGGGUGCCUUUAAUUUCAUGGAUUCAUUCCAAGGACGGCAGAAGAAACGGAGUUAAAGCUCCAAAUGGACACCUUGAUCAAUCAAAAUAAGCAAAUUACAGUAGUAUUGAACGCAUCAACUUUUUCCCCAGUAAGUAUAUUUCCACUGAGGCUAUUCACACAUUUUCAUCAAAUAUUAAUAUUAACUCAGGAAAUUCACACAUUCCACACACAAGUCCAUAAGUAAAGUUAUGUACAAUAAAGUCAAGGUCAACUUUAUUAUCCCUUAGGGGAAAUUCAUGUGGUCAGCGUUGUGAAAUGAGACAGGGUAAAAAGGUAUCGAACACGCUAAAAAAAAGCAGUACAUCAAGGCUAGGAAAUGCAAGGAAUCAGCUGAAAUCUUUAAGUAGUUAGAAAGUGAUUAUAACACCUAUCUGUGUACUGUAUAUCUCAUGAUGGGUAAAAGCAAAGAGCCCUCCCAAGACCUUCACAAAACAUGUGAUGGAACCGAACUGGUUAAAGAUUUCAAAACUUCAGAAUCUUCCAGUAAGCACCUUUGGGACCAUUAUCUGCACAUGGAGGGAACAUCACUCCAUCAUCAACCAACCACACACAGGAGCUCCUCACAAGAUUUCUAGCUAGGUAGAAGAAUAGGUAAAAGAGAAGCCUCUAUGCACGCUCCGCCCACAUGGCGCCAUUACUAAAGAAAAACGUGCUGAAGCUCGUUUAAAGGUCGGUUGGUCAGAUGGGAGCAACAUGUACAGUAACUUUUUGGCUGUCAUACUACACUGUAACACCAUGUUCAGAGGAGAAGUGGCACUGUACAUCACCAUACAAAUAUUAUGCCAAGAGUGAUGUUUGUUGGUAGACACAUCAUGGUGUGGGGCUGCUUUUUUGUUAGUUUAAUCUCAUGGUACUGGCAGACUGCAUACUGUUGAAGUCCACUUUACACAUAACUGUACAGCGCC